AUGCCUCGAAAACGCCGAGAUAUUUCAAAAACAUCUAUUCCCCAACCAACUGAAAACUUGGCUAACUACGACGACACACAAAAUUCCUCAGCCAGUAAUGAAGAGCAUCGAAGACAAUACCAAAAAAAAAUGGCUGCAAGGGGAGCCAGUGCGACACUGAAAUAUGUAAGAACCAAAAGUACGUAUCCUCCGCUUCCAGACGAGUUAACAACGGAAUCGACAGUUCCUGUUACAUUUAUGGCAAUGUGUGGUAUCGCAAAAUGUAGGAAACACAGCUGGGUCGAUCCCGAUCCGGUGUUGAAAGAAGGGAUUCUAAGAUUUAAAGCGACCAGUAACGUCAAACUUACAAAUAAAAAAAUUAACAAUUAG